UUUAAGUUUGGCUUUUCUUUCUUUAUAAUCCUUUUAAUGUGUUUGUAACCUCUUCCACAGAUAAAUCAGCCCAAACACUCUGGCAGGAAUCAUGGGGAGUGUGUUCCUGCCAGCAAAUUCAGCCCACUCGGUGCUGAGGAGGCUGCGGAGGGCAAACUCCCUCUUGGAGGAGAUAAAGCUGGGGAACAUUCAGAGGGAAUGUCGCGAGGAGGUUUGCACCUAUGAGGAGGCCCGUGAAGCUUUUGAGAAUGAUGAGAAGACGAAACGAUUCUGGGAGGAAUACGUCCGGGAAAGCAACCCACCCAGCGGGUUUGAUUCUAUGGUCGGCGGAGUCCAGUCUCUCUACCUGAUUGUGCCGCUGCUGCUGGUUGGGCUUGUCGUUAUCGCCGUCGCCAUCACUGCGUGGCGCUGCCACUCCCGGAAGCGCUCUCAGCGCAGCCCAGGCCUGGGGCACUCGCAUCACAACCAUGUCCUGUCUGUGGUCUCCAUGGACCAAUGGGGGAGGGAAUACCAUCACGGUGACCAAUCAGAACUCAGCAUCCACAGCAGCCCGGCCUAUCCAGGUUCUGAGAUCACGUCGGCGAGAGGAAGUGCGGGUGAUCCACCGCCAUCUUAUGAAGACGCUGUGGGCCACACAGACGUCCAUAUAGAGACGGAGCCGCCCCCCCAGUAUGAUGACAUAGUGAACACCAGCUCUGGAAGAAUCAGCAGUGGACAAAGGAAGUGAAAACAUUUCAAACUAAAACCCUAACCUACAUGUUUAGCAGUGCUUCUACUGUGAGAUCACCAGGCAUCAACAUUCACGUCCAGCAGUGGACUCAUGCAAACGUAGCCGGUGCCAGUUCUGCUGACAUUUGCACUAAUCUUUUUAUCGUUAAGGUGAAGUGAAAAAUAAGGGAUGAAAUUAUACAGUAAUACCAAAACCAAACAACACCUCAUGUGAAGGCAGAAAUGACUGCUAUAAUUAAGACCAGUGGAUUAGAGGGUUUGAGUGAUACUUCCAAGAAGAUCAGUGCCAAACUACAGAGAUUGUUUAGGUUAAAUGACAUAA